AACUUUUGUACGUGCUGGUUGUCGAUGUCCAUUUGUUGUGUCUUGACUAGGUUAGCUAGGUUAACCUAUCGCAUAAAUAAUAAUCGUCUUGUGCUCUAGGUAAAAUUCGUCUGAGAGUAUAAGGAUCUGCAUCUGUAACUGGGUCAUGUUAUGUUUUUAUAUGUCAGGGUCAGGACGGACCUUUGUAAAUAUGUCCACGGAUCGGGUAACUCAUUGGUUUAGUAGCGACUAAAGUCAACUAAAGUGGCGGAUUUUUAUCGUGUUUAAAGCUUGUCAUAACGACACAUUUCGGAAAGAAUUUGGUAGGCCUCCGUCGUGUGUCAAUGGUUUUGCGUAGUUUACUGUGGAGGCAGGUACUUCUUUCAAAGUGCCAUUUCUUCUGGAGUUCGGACAUAGCAAGAAGAAUGGCUUCCUCACAUCCUUUGGCAGCUGUCUGUCAGAUGACUUCCACCCCUGACAAGGAGGCCAACUUCAAAGUAGGAAAACAUUUGAUCAAGCAGGCCAUGCAGAGCGGGGCAAGCAUGAUCUUCCUCCCUGAGGGUUUUGAUUACAUUGGCUCAAGUCAAGAAGAGACACUAGAGCUAUCUGAGAUCUUAGACGGUAACAUUAUCAGCAGAUAUGCCCAUCUAGCCAGGAAGCUGAAUGUGUGGCUUUCUCUGGGAGGUUUCCAUGAAAGGGGGCAUGACUGGGAGAGUGACAGACGGAUCUACAACAGCCAUGUCAUCAUUGAUGGACAAGGGGAGAUCGUGUCUGUGUACAGGAAAGGUCAUUUGUUCGAUGUAGAGUUAACCGAAAAAGGAGUUUCCCUAAAAGAAAGUGCUUUCACCAUUCCUGGGCCCAGCUUGGUGCCUCCUGUUCAAACACCAAUUGGAAAGGUGGGGCUAGGAAUCUGCUAUGACCUGCGCUUCCCUGAGUUGUCACUGGCUCUCCAGCAUCAUGGGGCAGAGGUUCUCACAUAUCCAUCUGCAUUUACCGUGGCAACAGGGACUGCCCGCUGGGAGGUGCUCUUGCGGGCAAGAGCUAUUGAAACUCAGUGUUUUGUUCUUGCUGCUGCUCAAGUAGGAUCUCACCAUGCGAAACGUUCAUCAUAUGGCCAUGCUUUAGCUGUGGAUCCGUGGGGAGUGGUCAUCGGGGACUGCGGGGGAGCAGAUGUGGGUGUGGCCCUGGUAGAGAUGGACAUGCAAAGAUUAUGGAAAACCAGAAGGGACAUGCCUGUACAACAGCACUGGAGAGAGAAAGGGUACUACUCUGGUCUGGACUAAACAUUAGACAGAUCCUUUAACAUAAUCUGAAAGUCAAGAAAAGUCAAUGAGUGGCAAUGUGAUGAACUCCUUUUUCAAAAUUACAUUACUAUUCUUUGAGGAAGAGGUUUGCCAUGCAGAUUUGUAGAUAUGCAGAACUGGAUCACCUGUUAUGCGUACAUCAGGACACUGCUUUCACAGUUCUUUGAAUUAGCAUAAGAUUCAGGCUUUGCUCUGUUAAUAGCUUCCUAAUAAAGAUUGGGGCUACUUUCCCCAUGGCAUUUA